UUUCGUUCACGCGACUAUUCGUUCACCAGACAUUUUGUUCACGUGACUAUUCGCUCACGGACUAUUCGCUCACAGACAACUUGUUCACCAACAACUUGUUCACCGACAGUUGGUUCACGACAAAUUGUUCACGCGACAAAUCAUUCACUAACAAUUCGUUCACAGACAAAUUGUUCAUAGACAAAUCGUUCACUGGAUAUUUCCAAAAAAAAAAAUUGCUAGAGAUCGAACCUGAUCCGAAAUUCUUUGUUAAUUUUUGUUUGUUUGUUGUUAAUAUUUUGUUAACGAGGACAGUAGGUGAUACAAAAUUAUACUUAAAAGAAAAAAGAGAUCUUACAAGCAAGCUGAAACAUUUAAAUGGGACCUCACUUUACUAUAGCACUGAACUUUUUUAUAACAAAAAGACACAAUGAUUUUGUUAGCAGGAAAUACAAGGUUUAAAUUGUGAAAAGUUAGUGGUCUCGGAUGAUUUAUUUGUACAAUGUCAAAGAAUAGUCUGACUGUAGCUAAUGUUCAUCUGGACUAUCUAGUCAAUGAAGUGUAUCGACCUUAUAUAAUAUCUAAAGUUGUGGUUAAACAUUUGAUGUCCUAUAUGCCAUUCAUGAAUGAAAUAUUGCCAGAAAUUUACACUUUAAGUGAUUCCAAAACGUCAGCUGUGUUAUUUUUAGACCAUCUUAAGAAAGUUGAUGAGCCUGGAAAAUAUCAAGCAUUUAAAGAGGCGUUAGGACAUGCAAAUUAUCAAAACAUUGUCAAAGCUUUAGAAGAUGAAGAUAUACGAGAUGACUUCAAUCAUAAAAAGAUUAUGGAGCUCUUCCAUAAGGAAAUUCAGCAAAAAAUUGAUCCAUCAAUUUUAGCAGAAGAUCUUUUAGCUGAAGAACUAAUAAGUCAAGAUCAGUUUGAUGAAAUCAGAAAUUUAGAAGAAAAAAAAAACACAAUGGAUGCAGUGUUUCUACUUCUGGACUCUAUCCCCAGGAUGAAAGAUCAAUGGUUUGAAACCUUUCUGAAAAUAUUAGAUAGGAAUGAACGUAAAGAACUAGUUGAAAUUUUAGAUGACACGUAUUAUUCUAAACAAGGGGACGGUGCUGGGAGUCAAAACAUAUCUGAUACAUUAACCACUUAUCAAGACAUUAACCAUGAGGCUGGAGAUGUGAACCCUGACCUAAAGCAGCCUAGCCUUGCAGUUCAUCAGAUGGCUGAGCCCAGUGGAGUUAACAGUGAUGUAUUUCAAGAAAUACAUGCCCUGAGACAGAUUCUUCAAAAACAGCAGCAGUUAUUAUUGACACUGAACUCUAAGGUGGAAAAUAUUGAACAUUUGUUACAGAGAUUAGUGAGCAGUAAAGGCAGAAGUGAGAUUAGCUAGCAGUAAAGGGGAAUGACUUCCUUUUGAGAAAAAUCUUUUUUCUCUUAUGACAUUUAUACUUAUUUAAGAUGUGCUACCGAUAUAUAAACAGUAUUUCUAGAAACAUUGAUGGUGACUUUUCCAAACAGUUUCAAUGUGGUAAAUGGCAAGGCACUAUCCUUUCUAUUUAAUGAAAACAUUUCUUAUUGCAAGAAGUUUUUUUUUCUGUCUUGUCUUCUAUUUGGCAUUUAAAAAAACAACAACUUUCUAUCAAUUUUCAUCUGUUGUUUACAUUAGACCUCUAGUCCAAUAUAAUGUCUUACAGAGUGACAAUUUGUCUAGUCAUUAAUGAUCUGAACAAACUGGUAUGAGCUUAAGUAUUUAUCUAUAUAUCUUGAGCUGAUUAAAAAGUAAAUUAAAAAAAAAAGCUCUUUAGCUCAGAGGAUGAUUAUGUAGUCUGACAUUUGAGAACUUCAGAGUACAUAGUGAAACAGAAACAAGAUUUAAUCUUUGAGUUAUCUUCCUGACUUAAAGUGGAAGAUACCUUGGCAUUUUGCUAGUCAGAAAGAAAUUCUCAUGCACUAAAAGAUAUCAUAAACACCUUCAGGUUGAAAGAUUGCAGCAUCCAGUUUGUCCCCUGGCCCUUGUUUAAGGUGCUAUAGAAAAUGAAAUGUAUUAAAAAGAGAAACCUUUAAACUAAAUUUAAUACCUUUUAAGGCAUAUCUAUUUAUAUAUAUAACUAUGUACAGCUGACAUAAAAUGUACACAAAUCAACUAUCUUUAUAAAAUGUAUAUAACAUGUUGCAUGCUUAAACUUUGUAUUAAAACUUUGAUAUUGUCAGUAAAACAUUUCUUUGGACAUUGCUUAUUUAUAUUAGUAAACCCAAACUAUGAUAUUGUCAGUAAAACAUUUCUAUGGACAUUGCUUAAUUGUAUUAGUAAAUUCAAACUAUGAUAUUUUCAGUAAAACAGUUCCAAAUGACAUUGCUUA